UAGUGAUCGCAAGCUUUGGAUCCUAUUAUUGUAUUUUCAGCAACCUGUUGUACAAUUCGUAACAAUUUGCCCCAGUUAGAAUGAAUGAUGGUUAAUCUAAAUCUGUCAACGUGUUUAGUUCUUAGUACAUUGUUUUCUAAAACGCUUUGACUUUGGUUUCUGACUCUUGGUGUAGAUAUAUUGAAAAAAAGGAACUCUAAACCAAGAGGAUUAUUGAGAAUGAAAAGUUCUAUUACAACAUGAUUCUUCAUCUAGUUAGUUUGAUAAAAAUUGUAAUUUGCAGGUGCUUGAGAUACUUACAUUAGAGGUUGAAAUGAGGUGCAACGCCUGCUGGAGGGAGUUGGAAGCCCGUGCCGUUUCCACCACUUGUGGCCACUUAUUAUGUACUGAAGAUGCCAACAAGAUUCUCACUAAUGAUGGUGCAUGUCCCAUUUGUGAACAAGUACUCUCCAAGAGUCUAAUGAAACCUGUGGAUACUAAUCCAAAUGAAGAAUGGAUAAAUAUGGCGAUGGCUGCAAUUUCUCCGCAAAUACUGAUGAAGACUGCAUACCGAAGUGUAAUGUUUUACAUUACGCAAAGGGACUUAGAGAUGCAGUACAAAAUGAAUAGACUUGUUGCGCAGUGUCGUCAGAAAUGUGAGGGUAUGCAAGCAAAGUUCAGCGAGAAAAUGGACCAAGUGCAUACAGCGUACCAGAAGAUGGGCAAGAGGUGUCAGAUGAUGGAGCAAGAGGUAGCAAACUUGACCAAGGAUAAACAAGAGCUCCAAGAGAAGUUCUCCGAGAAAUCAAGACAGAAGAGGAAGCUCGAUGAGAUGUAUGACCAGUUAAGAAGUGAAUAUGAGUCAGUCAAACGAACAUCCAUACAACCAGCAAAUAACUUCUACUCACGACACCAGGAGCCUGACUUUUUCUCAAACCAACCAGUUAAUAUGAUGGAGAACAGAGAGCCCACUCGCAAAGGGCCUAGAGAUGAGAUAUGGCCAGCAAGACCGAACAGUUCAAACUCGGGUCAAUUCGGCAUCUCCAACGACUCACCCGCAGUUCCAGCUGACCUUGGAAACAGAAGAGUAGGAGGAGGACAUCCUGUAUUUGGUGGUGGUGGCAAUUCAAAUCCCCAAUGUACUUUACGGAACCUUAUUAUUUCGCCUAUUAAACGCUCUCGGUCCCGCCCUCCACUGUUUACGUAA